UUCGACCUCCGACCGAUCGCAGCAAGCCUCAUCGCCAAAAAGCUUUUAUAAACAACAAGUGCGAAUCUUGGGGGCAUUUUUUCCUAUUUUAUUCUACGUUUUUCCCUGAUUUUGUGCAAAAUUUGUAGUGGAUUUUGAAGAAAUGGCAACUGGUUUGCCCGUGAGCAGUGUUUAACCAUGGAUGAAACGAAAAACGGGCCGAAAAAGUCGAAACGAAAAUAACACAUUCUGAGCUCUUGUGUGGUUGGGAAACUGCAUCUAGAAAAUGUCAUCCAAUUCAAAGGAUUUUCCUUACGAGCUGAUCCGCCAGAUGCACAAUGACCUUCAGUCGCAGAUGCUGAAAAUAACGAAUCUUUCGCGAACAGAAACUCCGGCAGCUGUCAUGGCGAACGCAAACCAAACAGUAAUCCUUCAGCGGCGGCCGGGACAGGGACUAGGACCGGGAUCCAGCCAGGUUUCUAAGGCCAGCAAACCAGCCCAACAGCAGGAGAAGAAAACUUUCGAACAGGCGUACCGGGAAGCAAUUGAACGCCUCAAAGCGGCGGCCGGCAGCAAACCAAACUCCCAGUCCCAGAUUCAGGGACAGGGCCAGGCUCAGCAACGGCAGCAGAUUACCAAUUCCGGCGGCAACAAUGUCACGCAGCCAUCGCCAUUACCAGCCAAAAGUGCAGUAGUGAAUUCGAAUCGGUUUCCUGUGGAGGAGCCUUCGAGUUCGGCUUACAACUCGCCUUCAUUGGCUUCACGGAACGCUGAGAGCCAAUAUAAGACCACUAUUUACAACAUUAACACUAUCAACCUAGCUGGACUGCUCAAGAAUCAGCGGAAUCCAAAUGAAGCCGUGUCAAACGAUCGAGAAGCGACGUCAGGUGGCCGAUCGUCGGUUCCGAACAUAUCCCAGUCGGUUGCCCGUGUUAUGGACGAAAGCAACCGGUACCGAGAAACAUUCGCAAAUGCCUACGCUCGGCAUCUGCUCGAAAUCACCCGCACUGCUGUAGAGAAGAAAACCGCCGCACCGACUCCACAAAUAACUUCUUCAAGUACAUCGUACUCCCCGUCAAGCAGCAGUGUGACGUUGAUCAAAACUCAAGCUAAACCCUUUCUUGGAGGACAGCCGCCUGCGGGGUCUUCAUUGGAAGUACCACCGAAAAAAUCAAAACCAUCACCAUCUUCGUCACGCAAUCCGAUGGUUCUGAACGGGAGGGAUGGAACGAUGCCGACGUACGCCGAGGUGGUGUCAUCUAGUGGAGGAAAAACCAAUGGGAAUGUUAUGCUCAAAAUAGACCGAAAACCAACGACCGGAACCAACCAUUCAAAUCUACCGUCACUUGAUGCUAUGAUGGCUGCUCAUUCAAGCAAGUUCAAAAACGCUCCUUCAACAUCACCGGAUAAAAAACCCUUGGAGUCACGUCUGAAGCCAUCCAGUAUUCAAGUGAGCCACGAUGAACUCUAUCGGCACAUCCAGAACAAAUUAUUGCAAUCCCAAAGCCCCCCGUCGGUACAACAAAGGUCCGUUAAUGUCACACCGAAAGCUGUAGCCCCGAGACAGAAAUCGGUAAUCGUGUCCAACAAACCACUUCCCGUGCCCAACCUAGCAAACAGACCAGACCUCACAGUAAUCGUUAAUAAGCCAAAAAUAUCUUCACCUGCACCCGCUCAUGUGUAUGGGAAGCCUACCAUAUCGACCCCUAACUCCACCUCAUCUACUGGCCAGAGUGUAUCGCCAUCAAUGAGCACCUCGUAUUCGAUGGGAUUGUCUACACCCAAGCGUGAACAUCUCCCCGUGAUUGCUGACCUAUCCAAACCACCUCCAGCUCAUUCAGCUACACCAAAAUCCCCAUUCAUACAACCAAUCACCCCGUCUCCGGCAGUCCCCAAACAACUGACACCAGGUCCUUUACCAACUAAAGAUCCAUCCAGCUAUGCUGCAAAAAGUUCUACCAGUAUUACCCCCAAAUUUGGCUCGUCUACUUCAGCAACUCCUACCUUGGAAGCAAUCUUGAAUCUGGAUACCAAAAUUGCAACUCCACCACCAUCAACAUUGCCUAAGAGCACUGGAUACGACGGAUACGUUCCGCCUUCGACGUCUAGCUUGUAUCGAAGCAGCGGAGAUCGAUCAUCGCUGCUUUACAACACUCAGAAGCCAGUGAAAAUUGAAAAGCGAGUUAACUACGAUCCCUACACAAAUGUUAAGAGUAAUCAGGAAAGUAGUGCAUCCAAGUACCAGCACAACGUGAUCUGGAAGGAACAACCGACGAUCAAAACCGAAGAUCAACUCAACGGUAAUAGCAAGAUCAGCGAACAGAAGAAAACAUUGCUAUACCGUUCUCCUCGUGCAGUGGAACUAUUGCAAACCGCCAACAAGCAGAAAAUAACAUCACAAACCCAAAACCAAUCGAGGCCAAUGGGAACUGUGAUUAAACCCAGCGUGCCACCCUCCAACAAUGCCGGUACGGCACCAUUGGCUCAGCACAAAAACCACACGAAUCAAAUAACCAGUGCAGAUCUCCUCAAGUAUCGAAUGGAACGCAAGAAUUCCAUCAAAGAUAAACCAAGAAAGCCCGUCGACCCACUGGCCAUCAAGCCGGAUCCGGAUAGACCCGAGAAACGAAAGGAACCACCCAAAAGACUGGACUGGGCCAGACGAAAGAAGCUGAAGCGUUCAACCGAUCCCUAUCUACAAAAUGGGCCGUGUUACGAAGUGGCGCCUCGGUUGUCUCGGUGCCGCGAAUGUGGUCGAUCGGCUGCAUCCCGAUUGAAGGAUAGCGAUACCAUAUUUUGCCGAUUCAUCGCUUUCAGAAAACUAAGGUACAACACUCUAGGACAUAUGGAAGUGGCCGGAUUUGCGGACCCUCAUCAGGACGCUCAGAAGCCGGAUAUUAGCUUGUGGGACGCCAAUUUGUCCAAGGUUCCCAUCGAUUUGUCGGUGGAGAAGUCGAAAUUCUUGCUUGGACAGGUUGGGUACAAGUUCUGCGAACUGUUUCAUCAGGAAAAGGAAGCGUACUUUGAGCACAUGUCGGAAGAUAAAACGAUUGCCUGGAAGCAAGCUGUCAAUGGGGUUCGCGAGAUGUGUGAUGUCUGUUCGACUACUCUGUUCAACUACCAUUGGGUAUGUUCAACAUGUGGUUUCGUGGUAUGCAUCGAUUGCUACAAGUAUCGUAAAUACAACAGCACUAAAAACGAUACCGGUACAAGAGAUCGCGACUGUUACAUGUGGCUUCACUGUACAAAUCGAGAACCACAUGUGCAAAACAAGUUGAUGCUUACACAGAUUAUUCCGGCCAACAGUUUGUACAAGCUAGUGCGACAAAUGCAUGGUGUUUGUGCUUUGCUUGAGAUUCCUUUGAACUGUGAAUGCCCUCUCAGUAAGGAAUCGUUGUUUAGGAAAAUAAAAGACAGGUUGGAAUUUAUCUUCCCCAUUACGAUUGAAGUAGCUAAGAAGUCUGACGAAGGUGACAAAGAGCCGGGCAGCGACGAAGAUAAAAGUCUAGUUCAGGCUACCUCAAGUACUACAAAAAUGAUUUCCAUUACGAUCAAAAAUAUAGAAAGCACACUCAGUGAAACUGAUAGCGGCACAGUUUGUUGUAAGGCUAUAUUCGGCAGAGAACUAAGCGAGGACAAGAACCCAGAAGCCGAAAAGCUAAAACUUAGGGAGAAGCAAAGUUACACUUUUGAAGGGUUUCAAGAAGAAAUCAAGAUCGAGAGCUUGGAAGAUUUUAUCAAAAAGGAUAAAACCGAGAAGGACGAGGAAGAGGAAACAAAAGAAAACAAAGAGAAAGAUAACAUAAGUAUUAAAGUAGAAGAAAAUGAGGAAGAAACAAAGAAGAAUGAAUCAGUUGAACCUGAUAGCAACAAUAAAGAAGUCGAGGACAAAGAAAACACAGAAGUUAAACCAAGUGUAGAAGAUCCUAAGCCAUCUGCAGAUGUGGCGAAGAAGCCGGAAGAAAAGGAUCCUUUCGAAACUGUAGAAAACGAUAUCAAACAGGAGAAGGAUCGCAAUGAUAUUGAUAUUAAACACAAGGUGAAUUCAUAUUUCCAAAAAGAUUCCAGCACUGAACCGGAAGGACCCUACAGCGAGGAACAUCGUUUCAAACCUUCGCCAAAACUAGACUUCAAGACGUUCAACAUGAUCGUGAAACAGUUGUUGAAGUUCGACAAAUCGCUCAAUAUUUCUGGUCUCUUCGAGAAGCAUCUUAGCGAGAAAUAUUCCGAAUCGGAGAGUCUGAUUGAUUUUACGGCAGAAUUUCAGGUUCAACAUUCAAACAUCCAAAGCUUCUUGAACGAUUUUUUGAGCGAAUUCGUUUUUCUAACCGGUCAAAACAGUACCGAUAAUCUGACGGAUGAUGUACAAAUUAUGGAGUAUAACAGGUAUAUGAAGAAAGGUAUCGAAUUUCAAAAUAAGGGUGAACGGGUUAUGACCUUGAAAGAAUCGGAAAAGCUGUAUCCGAAUGUGGCUCACCAGUGGCUGUGUAACGGAAGGCUCCUUCGUCUGUUGGACCCGUUGAGUGAUAACAAUUACAACACAUUUCACGACCAAUGGGAACGUGGUCAACCGGUCAUGGUCUCGUACGUUUCGGAUAAACUCGACAUGAGCUUGUGGCGUCCAGAAUCGUUCAUAAGAGAGUUUGGCGACAUUGAGAAUGAUUUGAUCAACUGUCUAAAUGGCAAGCUGGUUCGAGGUCAGAAGAUGAAAGUAUUUUGGGAGGGUUUUGACCGGAUCGCGUUUCGCCUUAUGGACGAACGAGAUCGACCAAUGAUGUUGAAACUAAAAGACUGGCCACCGGGUGAUGAUUUUGCUGAGAUGAUGCCUACUCGAUUUAACGAUCUGAUGAAUAAUCUUCCGCUAUCUGAGUAUACUCGCCGCGAGGGUCGCCUAAACCUGGCGAGUCGGUUGAGUAGCUUCUUUGUACGUCCUGAUUUGGGACCAAAAAUGUACAGCGCAUAUGGUUCGGCUUUGCACCCAACAAAGGGAACCACCAAUCUUCAUUUGGAUGUUUCGGAUGCUGUGAAUGUAAUGGUCUAUACGGCCGUACCCAAGGAUGUGGAACGGACUAAAUACGUUCAGAAAGUUCUCGAUGCAAUCGAUUCCGACGAAUGUGAUGUUUUCACCCGACAACGCAUCCGAGAUAAGGCAGAUCUCCCUGGGGCAUUGUGGCACAUCUACCACGCCAAGGACGCCGACAAGAUCCGUUCCUUGUUGCACAAAAUUGAGGUGGAACGAGGUAUCAGUAUCAAAGCCAAUCAUGAUCCCAUUCAUGACCAAAAGUGGUACCUGGACGCAAAUCUGCGAAAGCGGCUCCUGCAGGAGUACAACGUGGAAGGAUACUCUAUCGUGCAGUGUUCUGGCGAUGCCAUAUUUAUCCCUGCCGGAGCACCGCAUCAGGUGCGGAAUCUACACAACUGCGUAAAAGUUGCAGAGGAUUUUGUUUCCCCAGAAAAUAUCUCCUACUGCUUCAAGCUAACAAACGAAUUCCGACACCUUACAAACACGCACUCGAAUCACGAAGAUAAAUUACAAAUAAAGAAUAUAAUUUACCAUACCGUUAAGGAUGCCGUGUCCUGUUUAACCAAUCCUCUCAUAAUGACUAAAGAAAAAAUUGAUUUAAUGUAAGUGUUUUAUUUUCAUAAUAAAGUUUUAGUGAUUCAAUUCGGAACAAAUUAUGUUUAAACAGUUGUAAUAGAAACUAAGGAUCGAUCGAUUGAAAAAUAAAAAUGUAUUGCUUCGUGGUAUAAACACUAUGUAACUAGACAAAAUACUUUAUUUCUUCGUUCGUGAACAACUGCAAAAUGAAUUUGUAGAACGUGUAAGCUAAUUGAGAAAAUAAAUAAAAACAUGAUUUUCCUACUUCGAA